GAACUAGGCCCACAUAGGGUAUGUAUGGCAUGUAUACUUUGUAUUUGUACUAUAAAAUACUAAUACGAUACAAAAUAAACGGACGCAUGUAACUUGUCAAUUUUUAACAUACUGCAUAGCUUUUCACAGGAAUCAUUAUAGACUACCAAUUAAGCUUAAGAUAUUACAAUGGGAGGGAAGGUGUCAUAUGAAAAGGUGACUCUACCUUCCGAUUAUGUUGCCAUUGUAACUGGAGCUUCAGCUGGAAUUGGAUACGAAACUGCGAAAAAUCUUGCAAUUAUGGGAGCCAAGGUUGUCCUGGCCUGUAGAAACCAAGGAAAAACCAUCCAAGCGAUUGAGAAAAUGCGCCAAGAGAUCGAACAAGUGCGUCAAGAAAAUACGACAGGGUUACAACUGCCCGAGGAGCUUCAGUUACAUUAUAUGCACCUAGACCUUGCCUCGCUUGAGUCUACCAAGAAAUUUAUAGAAGAGUUUAAAGCCACUGGAUGGCCACUACAUUUGUUAGUUUGUAACGCUGGUAUGGCUUGGGAUAAACAAGUAAUGACAGAAGAUAACCACGAGACAAUGUUUCAGGUGAACUACCUAAGCCAUUACCUAAUCGUAGAACACCUAUUACCCAUAAUGCAAUCAUCAGGGGAAGACUGUCGCAUAUUACUGGUGUCAAGUGGUAUCUACAAAAUGUGCAAAUUUAAGAAGGAUGACAUUGAAGGAACAAAGAAGGCCAAGACGAGCGGCGUUUUACUUAAACUAUAUAGUAACUCUAAGUGCUACCAGGUGAUGCAUAUGACAAAGCUGUACAGUCAACUGCAACAGAGAAAUAUUCAGAAUAUCGGUGUAUUCUCAAUCCAUCCGGGAAGUGUGCUAACUGAGUUCUCGCGAGAUCUUUCACCUUCAAUGCAGAGUUGUAUUAGAUUCACGUAUAAACUCGGUUUCACUAAAAAUCCUGUUAAGGGAGCGUUCACAUCGUUGAACUGUGCAGUAAAGCCCGACCUUAAGGGAAAAUCUGGUUACUAUGAAAACUGCAAACAAGUGACAGUCAGUGGUGACGCAAGAGACGAGGAGAAUCAUGAAAUAUUGGAUGUUUAUACUAGGGAAUGUUUGAAAGACUACCUCACAUAACAAAGGGAUAACAUCGUUAAAAGACCAAUUAGUGACUAUUCAAAACUGAUUCAUUUUACAAACAGAACAUAUAUGGAGACAAACGUUUUGACAUAAUACCCUAUGAACAUCAUUAGUUAACUAUAUGGAAUAAUAUUUAAACAGGACUGGUGCCAAAUUCUGUUUCGCAACUGGGGAACCCAAAAUUUCCCAUGCCAAAUGUUAAAUGAGAAUGAAAUUAUUUAGAAAAUAAAAAUAUGAAUAAAAGAGAUAACAUGAUUGGUGCUUUUCCACCUGGGAUAUAUAUUAUUUAUCAAUUUCAAGAAUAAAGCAUGAAGUGUUCAAGAAAAUAAGA